AUUUAGGAAAUAUUAAGAGUGUCGACGAUUCUCGAACAUUUGGUUCUUUCGCAUGCUGAUAACAAUUCUUCAAAGGCGUUCGAGCUUAGACGGAAAAAAUGAAGCUUGACAGCAUUCAGUUUCAAAUUGAAUCUGAGCGUUUCAAGUUUGCAACUUUGUAAAUCAAAAUGAAAAUAUUUUUAACAGUUUUAAUUAUUAUAUUUAAUUCGGGAUAUAUACAUUCAAAUAACGAAUACGAUCUCACUACGAAAAGCAACGAAGUGAAAAAUACUACUUGGGCAAUUAUCGCAGACAACGAAGAAAAAUGCUACGCAUAUUGUUUUAAUAUAUUACAACCAGUCUUAGAACAUACAGUUCAUAUACAAGUGAAGGACCAGCAAAUUCAGAAUCAAGCUGUUAGCUUAUCAGCAUAUGAAAAGCAAAUAGCAAAUCUCAAAAUUAAACUGGCAAUAUACGAAGAGACUAUUAGAAAUAAAGAUCUUCAGCUAAACCAACAGCUUCUGGUUUCUCAAAAGUUUCAAAACGAAACUAUAGAUUUGAAAGCAAAACUGGGAAUCUUUGAAGAGAGCAUUCGAACUAAAGACAUUCAGUUGGACCAACAGAUUCUAUUUUCAAAUAAAUGUAAAAAUGAAACUCUUGACAAAAACAACAUUAUAGCAUCCAAGGAUGAACUGCUCUCCAAAUCGAAUGAAAAACUUACUGAAUACAAAAUAAAACUUGAGAAUUGUGGAGCCGCAAGUUGUAUUAAUAAAUUGACUGAUAUUUAUGAGAUAAAAGUGCCUGGAAUCGAUGCAUUUUCUGUGCCAUGUGAUUCGCGUUUAGCUGGCUCUGGAUGGACUGUGAUUCAAAGACGUAUGGAUGGAUCUGUUGAUUUUAAUCGCAAUUGGACAGAUUAUCGUAAAGGAUUUGGUGAUCUGCGUGGAGAAUUUUUCAUUGGACUCGAUAAACUGCAUCUAAUAACAAAAUCGCAAACGCACGAGUUGUAUAUUUACCUUAAGGACUUUGACGACGAGGAGCGAUAUGCCCGAUAUGAUAAUUUUUACAUAGGAGAUGAGGACGAGUUUUAUAAAAUUAAAUCCAUUGGCAGUUACUCUGGUGAUGCUGGCAAUGCCUUGGAACAUCAUAAGAACUCGAAAUUUUCGACUGCAGAUCGGGAUAAUGAUGGCGCUAAAGGACAUUGCGGACACAUCUACAAAUCCGGUUGGUGGUUUGAAAGUUGUUAUAUGUGUAAUUUAAAUGGAAUUUAUGAUAAGAAUGCGAAAGGAUUACGCGAUCCAGGCGUGAAAUGGAAUUCGUGGAGUAAUAACCCUCUUAAAUUUGUUCAAAUGAUGAUUAGACCAAAAUAAAAGAAAAUGAAUAAACUCAAGCAAAAAUUGCAAAGCGGAAAUGUAAUAAGAAUAAAAAUCAAGAA